AUGCGUAAUCACGGGCAGGCCCAGGGCCGUCGAUUCGGCCACGGGGCUGUCAAGGAUUGCCUUCCGGAAGCUCGCGAGCGAGGGCAAGUUGCCCGGUAUUUGGAAAGCCAGAUGAAGCACCUCCCCGUUCUGCUUCCACUAUUGCUUCCGAGUUUGCCCGCCAGUACUGCUUUCGGUGUGCUGUGA